AUGCAACACUACUCUUCCUUCGUUGAGGUGCCGGAUGAGGUAUAUGACCGCAUAAAACCAUCAAGAAAGGUUAUCAUUGUGGCUCUCCUAUCCUUCUGUUCUUUCCUAGCCCCAAUAUCAUCAACCACUAUUCUGGCCGCGGUGCCAGAAGUAGCCGCCACCUAUCACAGCACUGGCACCAUCAUCAACUUGAGUAAUGCAUUGUAUAUGCUUUUCAUGGGUGUUUCUCCCUGUUUCUGGGGACCAUUAAGUCAAGGAUAUGGCAGAAGAUGGAUCUGUCUGGUAACAGCCUUCCUCUUCUGCUGCUGCUCUCUCGGCACCGCCCUCUCGCCUAAUCUCGCCUCUUACUACGUCUUCCGAAUCCUUACCGCAUUCGAAGGUACCUCUUUCUUGAACGUCGGGGCCUCUUGCAUCGGAGAUAUCUACCGCCCCACCGAGAGAGCGACUGCUAUGGGUUGGUUCCUUUCCGGAACACUUAUCGGCCCAGCAUUUGGUCCGUUCAUAGGAGGCAUCAUAGUCACUUUCAAAUCUUGGCGAGUGAUCUUCUACCUUCAGACGGCUCUUGCAGGGGUUGCUCUGAUUGGGGCGUUCUUCCUUCUUCCAGAGACAGCCCAUAGUCUGAAGAUCGACGAUAUCCGAGGCCUUCCGCUCAAAGCCAAAGCCAAAGUGCUCUGGGGAAUGUUGAAUCCAUUGCGAGUCAUCAGACUGUACAAGUAUCCGAAUCUAAUAAUGGUGGCACUUGCUUCCAGCAGUUUGGUAUGGAACAUGUACUCACUGCUCACACCUAUUCGAUAUGUAUUGAAUCCACGUUUCGAUCUUACAACACCGAUACAAAGUGGCCUAUUCUACCUGGCGCCUGGCUGCGGAUAUAUCCUUGGUACAUUCUUUGGAGGUAGAUAUGCUGAUUAUAUCACUAUAAAAUGGACCGCAGAGCGUGGCGGGGUACGUAUACCAGAAGACAGGCUACGCUCAUGUCUGCCAUUCAUGGGCAUUGCCAUACCAGCCUGUAUGUUGAUAUACGGAUGGUCAGUCGAGAAGAGAUUCGGAGGUAUUGCCCUACCGGUCAUCAUGAUGUUCUGUCAGGGAGUAGCACAGUUGUUCUGUUUUCCUAGCUUGAACACAUACUGUCUGGAUGUGAACCAAGCACACGCCGCGGAGGUCAUUGCGGGAAAUUAUAUGAUUCGUUAUCUGUUCGCAGCACUAGGCAGUGCAACUGUAUUACCUGCCAUCGAGAAGAUUGGUGUGGGUUGGUUUUCAACUAUAAGUGCUGGUUUCUUGGUUGCAAGCAGCUUGGCUACACUGACAGCAGUAAUUUGGGGCAAAAAUUGGAGGGAUUCUAUUGACAAGAAGAGAAGGGCAAAGAGGGACUUGCAGCAUGAUGCUGAAGACAGUGGGGAAAAGAGCGAAAAGCCAGGCAUAAUGCCGAAGAUUGACGAAAAGGACAAGCACAUAGUGUGA